AUGGAAUCCAAUAAUCCUUACGAGAUUCUCGACGACGAUGAUGGUUUUGAUUGGGAAGCAGCUGCGAGAGAAAUCGGCGCGGUUUGUCAAAUGAGAAGUGGCGCGAAAACAAACGAAAGCGAAUUGGAAAAGGAAAGUGAAACGAAUCCAGUUCGAGAAAAUGAUGCUGAAGAAUCUAUCUGUGACCAUCAUAUUGACAAUGAAGCAGCCAAAACUUGGAUAUAUCCAGUUAAUGUUCCUCUCCGUGACUAUCAAUUCCAUAUUGCCCAAACUGCUCUCUUUCAAAACACUCUGGUCGCCUUGCCAACAGGACUUGGCAAAACUCUCAUUGCUGCUGUUGUCAUGUAUAACUACUUUAGAUGGUCUCCCGAGGGAAAAAUAGUAUUUGCUGCUCCUUCUCGACCACUCGUCAUGCAGCAAAUAGAAGCAUGCCAUAACAUUGUUGGGAUACCGCAAGAAUGGACAGUUGAUAUGACCGCUCACAGAGCAAUGGGAAAUUACUCGUAUUGUGAAGAAGUUCGCGAGUUAAUGGUUGUACCAGUACAACUAAGGAUAUUGGCAUUAACCGCAACACCAGGAUCCAAACAGCAGACUGUCCAAGAUGAAGAAAUAAACGACCGAAAGGGUUUUGAGGUAACAAAAAGCGAAAGGAUAGACAAGAAUACAACUGCAUUUAAGAAAAAUGAUGAAAGUGCUGUUGUGGAAUCAACAUCAACAUAUAUAGUCAAGUUUGCGGAUUUCGAUAUUGGGAUAUUGGUGGAGGAAGUAACAGCCAAAAGCAAAAAUAUGGAGUCGGAUCACAAUGUGCUGCAGAAGAAUUUUGUGCAGGAAGAGCCUAAACAUGGUAGUAGUAUUACUGGUCUUGCACAUGGAGUGCAGGAAAGAGAUCAGAAAUAUGUAAAUGUGAAAAUAAGCUUCCCUUUGUUGGGAAUGAAAAGAGAUGGUAGCAAAGGGUCAUUGAAAGAGAAAAACUCAGAUCAGAAAGUCGAUGAUUUUCCUGGUAAUAGUUCUGUUAAGACUUCCAAGUCUAACAAUAAUAAUGAAAAACAGACUGCAUUUUGCGCUAAAGUAAAUGAAAGACCAAGUGGCAAUAAAGUGGUUAACCACUCGCUAGCUGGGCCACACAAAACAGAUGAUCUGGGUUCAUUUCCCAUGGCUGAAAAUAAUACUGCUCUGGAAAUGAUUCCAACAGCAGUAGCAGCACCUCAACUUAUUGCAGAAGAUUGGGUAGCUUGCGACAGAUGCCAGAAAUGGAGGCUUCUACCUACUGGCUUAAAGCCAGAGCAACUUCCAGAGAAAUGGUUGUGUGUCAUGCUUAAUUGGCUGCCUGGGAUGAAUUCUUGUGACUUCAGUGAGGAUGAGACAACAAAGGAAUUGUAUGCUUCAUAUCAAGUGCCGAUUUCUGAGGGUCAAAAUAACUUGCAAAUGCAUGCCUCUGAAACUGCAUUUGGAGUGAGCUCUGCUGAUGCAUCACAGUUUGGUCUGAAUCACAAAAAGUCCAAUUCUAACGUGUUGCUUGACCAAGGAAAGAAGAAACUUGUUUUUAAGGAAAAGAUAAUGUCAGGAAAGCUCAAUGCUCAAGUAUCAGGAAAAAAUAGAAACUUGAAUCAACAUUCUACAGAUUCUAAACCAAUGAAGAUGAAACAUCCCAGCAGGUCUAACAACACGAUAGAAGAGAGACAUGUGUCCGAAGAGAGAGAAAAGCAAACAAGUGAAGGUACCAGAAAGUAUAUUAAGUUGAAACGUAAGACAUAUGCUGAUCAAUCUAGUUCUGGAACUCCUAAGAAAUCAAAAACUGAACAUGUUCCCUAUGCUGAUAAACAACCGAAUCCUGGCACGGGCCUUGGGAAGGUAGUUCCAAAACAAGAGGCUGUAAUACAAUUUGUUAUUGACGCCAUUCAAGUAGAAGCUUUUAAUCCCAAGACUCUUUUUCUGAUUGGCAGCUAUACAAUUGGAAAAGAAAGGCUAUUCUUAGAGGUUGCUCGUUCGCUUCGCAAAAAGACAUUUGGCAAAGGUAAAAAGAAGUCUCCUGGAAGAAGGUGGCAGCAGGGUACUGUUAUAAGGUAUGAAGUUCCUUACAGUGAGCAUUCCAGCUUUACAGAACUCAAAGAGUUUGUAAAUUUUGUGUCUCCCAAUAACAUUAUACCAAGUGUGAAUAAUGAUGGACCAGAAUCUGCGGAAGCAAUGCCAAGGAAGGAUCAAUCACUGGAGUUCAAUGGCACUGGUACAGAAAACAUGGCAGAAUACCAUGCUUGCCAAACUCUGUUGGUGAUUGUUGAAAAUGUGCUUGGUGGAAAGAAAUUAGAGUCAGCUUGUUUAUCCCUUCUAGAUGUUGAGAUAUCUUCCUCAAUCAAAUGGGAAAGAAGUUUAUUGAGAAACUGA